CGGGAUUUAGCGAGAAAAGGAAAAUUUAUGCGAAACGAUGUUGUAACAAAGAACUAUUAUCUUUAAAUUGUUUAACUUUACGGUGUCUUUAGUAUUAAAUAAUGAGCGCAGACUCUUUAGAUCGCACUAAAGGUGAGGGUGUUGAAAAUGUGCUGGACGACAUUCUGGACGGCGACCAUGUGGAUGACGAUUUGAACACUGAAGAAAACAUUGAAACUACACCUUCUAAAACUGUCACAAAAAAGAAAGUUGUGAAGAAAAAGGCAGCAUCCAAGACUGCAAAGCCGAAAGCUAAGACAGCAGCAGCAAGGAGAGCAGCUGCUGCUGCCCAGAAGGCCAAGGAGGAGGUGGAGGAGGAAGAGCCCAUGGUGGAGGAGGCUGAGGAAGUACAGGAGCCCGAACCGGUCAUUACCAGCCCCGCCAAGUCUCCCAUCAAAAAAUCUGCGGUCAAGCGAGUGGCAGCUAAAGCUAAAGAAGUGGGGGGCAAGAAGGUACGGAAGGAGACGAUUAUAACCGAGGUAACAGAAGAGGAGGAAGAGACCGAGGACAAGGUUGCAUCAGACCACGAGCAAGAUGCCUCGUACAACGACAGCGAGGCCAACGACAGCAGCAUGAACCAAACUACAGAGGAGAUCAUCAACCCUGAAGUCCUCGACAACGACGCCCAGAGUGAGAUGAGUGAGCACCAGGAUGUAAUCUCUGGUGGAGGCACAGACAUUGAGUCCGACGGUGAAGGUGAGGAGGAAGGUGGGCGUGGCAGGAAAAGGAAGUCGUCAGACGGGCGGGCCAUCUCCCCAAUAGAGUGGGACCGAAACUCCGAGGAGGAAGAAGAGGAGGAUGAGGAGGAAGAGGAGGAAAAGUCUGGGGACGAGCAAAGUGACAAGGGAAGCAAGACGACAGCAGAGGACGAGGAGAAAGCGCGCAAGAAGAAAUUAAAAUAUUUCUUCAAGAAUGCCCGCUACUACCUUAUCAAGAGCAACAAUCACGAGAACGUUGCCCUGGCCAAGGCCAAGUGUGUGUGGUCAACACCGCCACAAAAUGAGGCCAGACUCAACCAGGCUUACAAGGAGUGUGAUAAUGUAAUCCUGGUAUUCUCAGUUCGGGAAAGUGGCAAAUUCCAAGGUUGUGCCAGACUUGCUGCCAUGUCGACAAAGGAUCACCCUCCAAUCCGCUGGGUCCUUCCACCGGGACUCAGCCCAAAGGCUCUCAGUGGCGUCUUCAAGCUGGAUUGGAUCAGCAGACGUGAGCUGGAUUUUACUAAGACCACACACUUACACAAUCCCUGGAAUGAAAACCGCCCCGUCAAGAUCGGCCGAGAUGGGCAGGAAAUAGAGCCCCGUUGUGGUGAAGCAUUGUGCAAGUUGUUCCCAUCAGAUGAUAACGUGGAUUUGAAUGAUAUAGUGCGUGAAGCAAGGAAAACAAAUGCACGGCGAGGAGAUUUUAAUUUCCGCUCCAAUCGAGGAAGAGAUUCAUUCCGCGGAAGAGGGGAUUUUAGAAGAAGGCGGCCUGAUAUAAGAAGAGAUUUUGGACCUCCGGCUAAAAGAAGCCGACCUGACUUUGGAAACAGAGAUAGAGGAUUUUUCCGUGAUAGACGAUCUGACCGUGGCUCAUCAAGGUACAACCAGGGCGGGGGCGGGGUACGCAGGGAAACAUUCAUCAACGGGCAUGUCAGUGACUAUAGGUCCAAUUCUCCUGCCCCCAUAUCUGUCCCUUAUGUCUCCAAUAAAGACACUUACGGACAAACUUAUAGUCGAUAUAAAGAGUCCUACAACGACUACAUGCGGGAGUUUGUACAUAGAGCACCAGCACCCCCGCCAACCUAUACACCAUAUGGACCCAUGCCUACGGCAUACCCAAUGGACCCUAUGGCGCAGUAUGCGAGCUACAGCACAUCACGUGACUACCAGAUGGCUGCAGCCCCCACAGACUAUGGCCGACCUCAUUCACCUUCAAGGGCACGGGUAGAAAAACACUCUUCAAGUCGAGACACAUUUGAGAAGUACGAAAAGUAUGCCAGUCGAUACAAGCCUUCUGGGGAUUAUGACCGUGAUGUGGAGGAUUUCUUGAGGAGAACAACGGGUCACGCCCCCCGUAACCGCGAUGAACGGGAACGCAGUCGGGAACGGGAACAUCGACAUAGGGAUCGGGACACCGACAGGGAACGACAUCGGGAGAGGCACCGGGAGAGAAGAUGAUGAUGGCAACGACCCUUGUUCUUCGUGUAUUGUCAUUAUCAUGAAUGUGUUAUAGAUAUGUUGGUCGGUCUGUGUAUGUGUUUUAUAAAUACGAUUGGGAAAUGUAUCUCACUAAAGGCAUUUUGUUGGGUCUGCUUUUGUAAAUGGUUUACAUGUGGGAAGUAUUUGUAAAAGGCAGUUUGUGUAAAAAGUAGAAAAGGAAAAACAUAUUAAUAGUAAAUAUGUGAAAAUAUAUUUCCCACUGGAGAAUUCUCUAUGGUUUAUAUUACCAACUGGAGAUUUCUCCAUGGUUUAUAUUGCCAAUUGGAGAUAUAUUCAUGGUUUAUUUAGCCCCCUUGUACAUUAAAGUUAUAUAAUUCAGCAAUUCAUGGUCAGUUUUGCAUCACAUUGCAUGGUCAUGUUAAUGCAUUGUAUAUAUCUGAAACAAUUUGUGCUACAAGUUUGUACAUUAUACAAGAUUAUACUUCUAUCACUUUCACAAUUUGUUAUCAAUUAACUAUUAUUUUUGUUUUCAUAGUAUAAUAUGUUAGUUUAAAGUUCUUUUAUUCAUUUUUUUUAACGUUUUAAGAUAUGUUUUGUUCAUAACAGGGUUUUAUGUUUUCUCUAACAAAAGGGGUUCAAUAUUCUAUGUAAUUUUUGUAUUAUCUGUGAAGAAAUAAAUCCUUAUUGCCAUGUUACAUUAACAUUACCACAUGUCAUAUUUCAUGGUCAUAUUCCACAGUCAUCAACAUUUCAUCAUCAUACUUUAUUCAACAUGCUCUUAGUUCACAUGUAUUGAUGUACAUGAUGUUUUAAUACAGUCUAUUUUCCGUUGUCAUUGUAUGAUGGAAAUAAAAUAUUUUAUAUGAUAA